CGGCAUCGACGGAUCGUAUGGAUAUCGAGUGGCAAGCACGAGCACGAGGUCACCUUCCGGUUGCUCUAUGCCGACAACAUGUGCGUUGGUCCAUUGAGGAAGAUAUGCCACUGGGGACCGCUGUCCGCCCUGGGGAUGAUAAAGAUAAUCACGCUGAUGACGAUACAUUGUAGCAGGCAAUGGUGGUCGCCGCAAGAGAGUGUCUUGGCUGCUGGUAUUUUUUUCUUAUUUUUUGCUCUUAGUGGCUCCGCUUUGUUUCACUUUAUGAGUGCGAUCUUUGAAGGACCCGGAUAUCUCACGUUGAAAUGGAUGCCGGAGAAAGCUGCAGACAUACAAUAUUUGCAAUACUGUACCGUUUGCCAAGGAUACAAGGCACCAAGAUCACAUCAUUGUAGAAAAUGCGGUCGUUGCGUGAUGAAAAUGGACCAUCAUUGUCCAUGGAUAAAUACGUGCGUUGGACAUUACAACCACGGGCAUUUCACUGCAUUUUUGGCGAGCGCAGUUGGUGGUUGCUGCGUCUCCACCGUCAUAUUGAUCUCCUGGGUGAUGACGGUGCUAUCUCUGAAGCCAUUGUCGUUUCCGCCACCGUCGGUGUACAUGUUAAUAUUAGUAAUAUUCAGUAUCGGUUUGUCAAUCGGUGUUGUGUUUGCGGUAGGGAUGUUGCUGUAUUUCCAGAUUCUAGCCAUCGUGAGAAAUCGAACGGAAAUAGAAAAUUGGAUCUUGGAGAAAGCACGGUAUCGGCGAGACGAAACGGACGCGAAGUUUGUAUAUCCAUACUCGAACGGAUGGCGUUUUAAUGUUCGCCAGGUUCUCACAUGGGACUGCUCGCCCGUCGGCGAUGGUAUUUCAUGGCCGGUUAUCGAUGGCUGCGAUCAGUACACGUUAACGAAAGAGCAGCUUGCGCAAAAAUUGGACAAGCGGAAAAGAGCGCGUAGAUAUAGGAUUGUAAAAGCCGCAUCGGGCUCGAAGUUUCCGAUUACACAUGGGUUCAGUGUAUUCUGCCAUCCGCCGUGCACUGAUGAACCCCGUAUCAAGUUGAAUGUAGGAGACAUCGUGAUCGUGACACGCUGGAAAAAACACUGGAUAUUUGGAGAAAAGAUGCAGAAAGGUGGAAAAGACGUGGGGUCGAAACGUAUAAGAGGAUGGUUACCGCGGCCUUGCGCGAUCGAAGUAAUAGAGAAUGUUCCAUACAAUUCAGAUAACUUAUCUAAAGACGAUUAGGCCUCGGAAGUAUCGAUGACGAUAUUUAUCUGACGCAAAGGGUGUAAAGUGUGAAUGAAAGAUUAUUUAUAACAUUUAUUUUUUACGGACUGCAUGCGGGGAGUGCGUGUCGCUUGUCCUAAUGGAGAAGAAUUGUAUAGUUUAUUCUGUUGUAUGUGUGUACUAAGAGACUUAAUGCAUUUAUUUAGGUUAAAUCUUAAGAUAUAUUUUCUAUAUUAACGUUUUUUUUGUUGCGUCUACAAAGUUUUACUUACUAAAGUACUUUUACAUACUUUAUUUUUAGGAUAAUGACUUUGGUACGAGACUAUAUAUGUACAUAUUGUACUAAUAUAUUUACAUGUUUAUAAAAUAUAUGAUCAUUAAAUUCUCUUAUAUAUUAAUAUAUACGUUAAGAUAUUUGAUAUUUUAAUAUAAUACUAAUUGUAUGUGAGGUGUACGUGACGUCUACAUGUAAUACACGUGUGUGCUGUUUAACAACAGCAGAUCCUGUUUUGAUAAAAUCACUGAGAUUCUGUCGAAUCAUUGUUGUUGUGAUUUCAUGCUCGUUUCUUACGUAAUAAUAAAAUAUUAUCGUGAGAAAAUGUUUACUUCAGACGACAGGGAAGAUAUUUAAAAUGUUAUGGAAAACAAAUAAAUGCAAAUAAAUUUCCUAUCGGGUCCGCGACAACCUGAAAGAAAUAUUCCUAGCGCGUACCAACCAACGGCCUGAAAAGGCUGUGGAAAAUCAAUAAUACGGUGUGAAAAGUCACAGUGACUGAGUGAACCUACCAUGCAUGUAUCGCACACGGAGCGUGUAUGUAUGAAAUACACGUAACGUGCGCACGCUUCUACAUUAUGCGCGUUCGUUCGAACAGUUAACAUGCAAUACGAUCGGCUGCCCACGAACGCAGCGUUUUGCAUUAUUACUAUGUUUCAAUGAUCUCGAUAGAAUAAAUAAAAAACAUUCUAAGAUGUAAGAAACACAUUUUACAUGCUAAUUGUUAUACAAUAUUUGCUUCACAAGAUAAGAGAAUGAUAUUAAUUGUUUUAUUUUGAUUAUUUCCACGCAAUACUUAAUUUUCAAUAAAAUUUAUUCGAAUUUAUGCGCAAUUUAUGAUCAAUUAAAAUUAAAAAUAUGAUAUUAAGUAAGGAACGCGAAGUACUAUGAAGCAAUAAUUUGCAAACAAGUGCCAAAAAAAAAAAUAUGUCAAAGGUCAAUGUUACGAUCCUAAUGCAAGGUACGAUUUAUUUGUUACAGGAUACAUAUAACAUUUAAUAAUCGGCAGUGAAAGGAUCAUAUUAGACUCGCGAAAUAUGAGUGCAGUACGCAACGACUCGAUUUGUUGUGAAUGCUGUUUAUUGAGUGAGUAAAUGUUGUAGUUAAAUGUCAAAGAGAUUAUAUGUCAUAAAAUGAGUAUAUUUUCGCAACAAAAAUAGCGAGUUGCACACAUUGUGUCGAUGUAUCAAUUGAUAUAUAUAUUUCGAUUUGUAAUAUCGUUUUUAUUAUUUAACUACAAAAGAUAUGAAUUUCUCUCUUUUGUGCAUUGGAGAGAAAGAUUUCAGUGUUUAAAUAUUCUUUUGUGAAGCAAGUCUUAAGAAUAUGCGAGAUUGAAUAUCACGAGGACAAACACUAUAUAAACAUAUCUAUAGAAUACUAGAAAAAACAAACUUUAACAGUGGACAAAUAAUAUAUGUAUAUUCUAUUUCGCAAAAAUGUGAGGCGAUAAAAGCUGUCGUGUUCAAUAAAAGAAAUGCAAACACUGCACUAUUUGCAUUACAUCGAAGGUACCUGAGAACACGCAGUUUUUAUUGAAUGUAUCGUUUGUUUUAAUCUUUUUUAUUAGUGUAGUUUUAGAAUAGCAUGUUUUAAUAUAUCAUCUAUUAACAUAAAAUUAAUAUUUACAAAUAUCUACGAACUGCAAAAAGUAUGUACAUAAAUCUAACGAAAGAACUAAUUGUAUUAUUAUUAUCAAUAAAAUUCCUAUGUGAAACU